CCACGAAGAAGAGAGUGAGGGUGUGUCUAAUCAACCUCCCAAAUGCCUUUAAAUUGUUGUACCCUGGGUUUCAGAGUCCUACAUCUCCCGGGACAACAACCAAAAGUACCCCACACCAACAAAUUAGCACCAACAACCUACGUAGGAACUUGCUUCCCAACAAAGCUUGGGAAAAAACCUCAUCAAAACAAGUCCUUCCACAUUGUUUCUCAGUCAAAGUUCAACCAAAACUACUCUCCUUAUUCCCCUGUAAUGGAAGACCAGGCAGAGCUUGUUGUUUCACCUGCAGGACAAGAAACAUACGCCCGGGAAUUGGAUGUCGCUGUCAGGGCUGUUCAAAUGGCUUGUUCACUCUGUCAGAAUGUCCAACACACUUCAGUUCUGGCGGAUUGGAGUGUUCGAGUAACGGUAAGCUGGAUACUAUGUGAAUCUUUCGGGUGUCAAAAUGUGUCGAUUCUGGCCAAAGAAGAUGUUCAAAGCCUCUCUAAAGCUGAUGCAACUGGUGUGCUAGAUGCUGUGGUGAAAACGGCCAAUGACUGUCUAACCGAGGCGCCGCAUUUCGGGAUUAAGGGACCGGAAAGGCCGCUCGGGAGUUCGGAUGUUCUCGAAGCCAUUAGUCACUGCACUUCAACUGGAGGUCCUACUGGAAGAUUUUGGGCACUUGGCCCCGUACGAGGCGAUCAAUACUCUGUUUCUUUAGCAUUAAUAGAGGAUGGGGAAGUUGUGCUCGGUGUUCUCGGUUGCCCGAAUUAUCCGAUGAAUAAGGAAUGGCUAACUUAUCAACACCGCUAUCACCGGAUCCUAUCGAAACUCGCCCCAGCGACAUCAGAAUCAUGGGAUAAAGGGUGCGUGAUUUAUGCAAGGAAAGGUAGCGGUAAGGCUUGGAUACAACCUUUACACCAGAAGAAUAAGCUGCUAACAAGGCCAAACUCUGCAAUAACUGUUCAAGUAUCCUUAAUCGAUAAUCCGGGGCUGGCUACUUUCUGUGAUCCGGUCGAGAAGUCAAAUUCAACCCACUCCUUCACAGAAGGAUUAGCUCACAGUCAUGGCCUUAGGAAGCAACCGCUGCGUGUGUACGACGCGGCAAAAUAUGUCGCCAUAGCCAGAGGAGACGCUGAAAUAUUUAUGAAUUUCACGAGGACGGGGAACAAGGAGAAGAUAUGGGAUCAUGCAGCUGGUGUUCUUAUCAUACAGGAAGCUGGUGGUGUUGUAACAGAUGCAGGGGGAUCCCCACUGGAUUUUUCGAAAGGCAUGUCCAUAGAAGGUAUCGAUCGAGGCAUAGUCGCUUGUUCCGGAGCUAAACUCCAUGAAGAAAUCAUCAACGCCAUUGAUGCUAGCUGGAACUCCUCCAAUCUAUGAUCAAUUUUACAUUUGCGUAUAUAAAGCUAAGUUGUAAAGCUGAUUCAGCAUCAGCCAAUAAGUUUGGUCUUUAUCAUAAGUUUGUACUAAUAGCUUUGUAUUACGUUUGAGCUUCGAGUUUAUAUUUAUAAAUAAAUAAAUUGCUUUUCACACA